UCAUUUUGAGUAAUUGGGGCGGCCUUGUUUAUUAAUGUCUUUAUUUUUUUUUUCUUUACUUUAAAUAAAACAAAUAAAAAACCAAAGUAAAUACUACGUAGUAGUACUUCGUACGAAUUACUCCAAGGAGGUAGCAAAUUGGUUUCUUUUAGUCUCCAUCUUCCUUCACAAGCUUCUCUAUAGUGGCAACCCACUUUCAUCACCAUUUUAAAAAUCCAAUUCUUUUUUUUUUUCUGCAAAAUUUAAGAAAAAUUAAUCUAAAAAAAAAAAAAAAAAAAAAAUCAAACCCAGAAAAAAAAUUCAAUGGACGUUGGGCAAUCAUCUGGUUCAAAUUCCACUGAUGAAGUUUGGGCCAAACUUGUGCCAUCUGAUUCAAGCUAUGCAAGCAUUGAGAUUAGCUCAGAUAAUACAAUUGUAUGUUCACAGAUCUCGUCUACUUCUGAUAAGCUUGAAUGGUGCCAGAUAAUAAGGAACUCUGAUCGAUGUUCAGCCACUAUCAGAAACAAAAGGUCAAAUUUUAUACUCAUUGAUGGGGCUGUAUUGGAGAGUGAAGAUGUAGUUGGUAUUAAGUGUGGCUGUGAAAUAGUGCCAGCUUCCACUAAAAAAGAGCAUCUAAGCUUUAAAUUUGAGGUGAUGCCUGUCCAAGAACACCGCUUUGAGAAUAAGUUGAAGAUUUUUCUAGAUUCAGAGCACACAAAAUGCUGCAUUUGCUUGAAUGUUUGGCAUGAUGUUGUGACAGUAGCUCCUUGCCUUCAUAAUUUCUGCAACGGGUGCUUCUCAGAGUGGUUAAAGAGGUGUCAGAAGAAACAUUCUAGUGUCUUAUGCCCCCAGUGUAGAGCAGUUGUGCAAUUUGUUGGAAGAAACCAUUUUCUUCAUGGUAUUGAGGAGGACAUUUUGCAGGCAGAUGCUUCAUUACGGCGCUCUGCGGAAGAACUUGCUAUAUUAGAUUCUUAUGCAACCAUCAAAUCCAACCUUGUCAUUACAAACGGAAAAGGAAAUCGUCAAAAGAGGGCGCGUUCACUAAUUCAUGAAGAGCGUGUAGAAAUGGAAUUACCAUGUCCUCAAUGUGGAACUCAAUCUGGAGGUUUCCGUUGCACUGAGAAUAUUGCCCAUUUGCAAUGCCAUGCAUGUGGUGGGAUGAUGCCAUCAAGAUCUGAUAUUAGCAUUCCACAACAUUGUUGUGGUUGCGAUAGAACAUAUUGUGGUGCUUAUUGGCACGCUCAGGGAGUUACUAGGACAGAUCAUCACCCCAUCUGCCAACUUGAAACUUUCAGACCUAUCUCGGAGCACAGAGUGUUUAAUAUCCCUUCUACAGCGCAUGAAAGGAAUGAAUUCGAGCAAGAUAUCACAAAUAGGUGCAUUAGACAGAUGGGUACAACACUACAAGAAGUGAUUGCUGAAUGGAUUACAAAAUUGGACAACCGAGAAAUUGAUCGUUCACGAUUGCAUUUGAAGCAUCCUGAGAUGAUAACUGCUGGCACUCAUGUCUGCAGUGAUUGUUACAACACACUGGUUUCAUUUCUUCUUUACUGGUUCCGGAUUUCAUUGCCUAUCCAUCUUCUACCGCCAGAGGCAUCAAGCAGGCAAGACUGCUGGUAUGGCCAUGCUUGUCGAACGCAACAUCACAGUGUAGAUCAUGCUCGUAAGCGUAAUCAUGUUUGCCGACCAACCAGGGGUUCCCAUACAUGAUGCAGAGUACCAAAAAUAAUUUUGGUUUGGGAGGGGGGGCGUCCAGGAUCAGCAUUGUCAGCUGCUGAUUUCUGAAGUAGUUGUGUAAUCUUGCUUAACUCUUGGAAAUUUUAAUUUUACUUUUAUACUACCUCCGUUUUUUUUAAUUGACAAGUUUUGACUUUAGCACUA